AGUAAUCAGUAAUCAGGCCUAUUGUUUUCUGGCUACACCUCCCUCAUCACUGUUAAGUACCUGAUUAGCAUGUGAUUGGCUUGACCACGGUGUUGACCAAGCCUUAAUAAUGUUACCAGCAGCUAUGCAUGAGAGGCACAAACUGGGACUACUGAGCCACCAUUUAUACUACCACAGUUGAGGGGUAAUAAAGCAGUAUGAAUGAGAGGCACAUUGUAAAGCGCUUUGGAUAAAAGCACUUUAUAAAUGCAGCUAUUAAUCUUUAAGUUCUUCAGAUACACACACAUCUGAGACAACAAUAGAUAAGAAAUAAAUGAAUGCGUUAUGAUAAGGGAACAGUCAAGAAGGCUAAAAAUCAAAGUAAUGUGGUUAAAAUCGGAAAGUAAAAAGGUUAAUAAAACAAGAGAUAAGAAUAAAAAUAGUGUGUGUUGUUCACAAAAAGAGUGAUUUAGUAGGAGACCUCUCGUGUCCAGUUUCUUCCCUCGGAUGUUUGAACUUCUCUGUGCAGAACGACGUAUUUGCAGAAACGUUCGUUCAUCUGCUGACCAGGAAAAGUUUCACCUUCGUGUUCACACGAGCAUCAUUUUGUGACAUCACAACACACGUGUGAUGUGGAAACUGGAAGCCUCCAGUGCACAAACACCACAAAUGGACUUUUCAUUGAAGUAGGAGUCAUCUCAUGUCCAGCAGUUAAACUUUGGAAAAGAAAAACUAUUUGCACAUUCGUUCAUUUCAAUGAGGGAAAAGGAGUAGAUGUGAUUUUAAGAAAUUUAAACAAUUCAGCUGUUUUGAGAAAAAACACUUCAGACACAAAUGCUUAUUGAAGCAGGUUAUUUCUAAAUGUCUUAAAACAUGUCUGGAGGGGAUCUUUAAAACCCGUUCAGACUCAGAGUCCAUUGUAAUGGAUGUCCAAUAUUUAUUUGUCUCAGCCGUUGAAAAUUAGGUUUUAACAUUUGACUUUGGCCAAGUAACUAAAUUGACUAAUUAACUAAUAAACGUCAAUUUUUGAAACGUCAGCUGCCAGGUGACGGAGUUCAGCACCUAAAGUUAAACCAGAAGUUGGCAGAUCUGAAAUCAAAUAAAGUUAGCACAGCCAUUUCAGUCUCAAAAUGUUUUUUUUAAACUGUGUUUUAGAUAAUAAAGUUAUCAAGUUGAUUCCAGAAGAUUCGGGGAAUGAAAAAACAAAAUAGUUGUUUGUAAAUCUAGAAAUUAGGGAAACAUUUUCCACCUGUCACAAAACAUAUUCAAUGUCAAAUGUAAUAUCAACAAAUGAAAUUAAUAAGACACAUUAUAGAUCCCCAAUUGGCCUUAAUGGCUGCAAAAGAGGGACAAAACAGCUAGAAGAUGUCCAAUAAUUUAACUGAAAUAAAUUGACACUGUAGACCUACUCAUGUGUGUACUUAGCUCAAACAUAGUUAAAUGUUUAAAGUAGAAAACAUUUUCUAAUCAAGCUGUUUUUUUCUCUUUAUUAAAACAUAAAGCACUCACCUAAUUAAGUUAUUUUCAGUUCAUCAAUGAUGUAUUAAUCACUGUAACUAUCAUCUGUUACAUUUAGAGCCAUUUCAGCUCUGACUGAAUAUAUCACAUGCUUCUGCUCCAGAGAGAGCUGAUAUUGGUCAGUUAUUGAUUUAGCGGUAGAACCAUAAACACACAAGUUGUCCUCAGCAGGAGAAAUGUCCACAGCUCUGACAGGAAGUCUGGCUGCACUGCUCCACCGGCCUCUGCCAUCAUCGGUGUGCUUGCUGCUGCCAGAAUAUCUUGAGUUUAUUGCAAACUGAUCACCAACAGAUGGUUGUUUUUACUUCGAGUCCCUGAACGAACAUGUGGCUCAGCUGGCAAACGGCUUUUGAUGGAGCUCGGAUGCAUUUUAAUACAUUUUAGGAGAGAAAUUAGUGGGAUAAGCCGCCGAGCAGCGCCGGUCAAGGCGGUGAAUAUGUGAAGUUUGGAGGCUCCGCCAACAAACUGCAGAGCUCCGCAUGACCGCAACAUGAAGAGACACGAGUCCGCUGUCGGCUGCUUCGCUGGCAGCCUGCAGCUCUUCUCCCAGAGUUAGUUUGGAGGCUUUUAUCGGUGCAGAGAAAACACAAAUGGCGGCGUCCAGCCUGCGCAGAGGGGCCGCGAGCCGGGCUGAGUCUCCACGGUUCUCACGGUGUGUAUAAGUGCAGCCUCCUGCUCGGAGCUCCGCAACAGUCCCGUCAGACUCUCGUGUUAUCGUCAGGAGGAACCGGUCUACGAGCACAACAUGGCAGAAGUAGCUCCGGCUCCAGCCGCCGCCGCCCCGGCCAAAGCAGCCAAGAAGAAGGUUUCCAAGCCGAAGAAGGCUGGCCCCAGCGUCGGGGAGCUCAUCGUCAAAGCCGUGGCCGCAUCCAACGAGCGGAGCGGCGUGUCUGCGGCCGCCCUGAAGAAGGCUCUGGCUGCCGGAGGCUACGAUGUGGAGAAGAACAAGGCCCGCGUCAAGAUCGCCAUCAAGAGCCUGGUGGCUAAGGGGACUCUGGUCCAGACCAAGGGGACAGGCGCCUCCGGCUCCUUCAAGAUGAACAAGAAGGCGGACACCAAGGCCAAGAAGCCGGUGAAGAAAGCCGCUCCUAAAGCCAAGAAGCCCGCCGCAGCCAAGAAACCCGCAGCGGCCAAAAAGCCCAAGACCGCGGCCCCCAAGAAGCCGGCAGCGGCCGCUAAGAAGUCCCCCAAGAAGGCGGCGAAACCCGCAGCGGCCAAGAAAGCAGCCAAGAGCCCCAAGAAGGCCCCCAAGAAGGCCGCCAAGAGCCCCAAGAAGGUGGUCAAAAAGGCCCCCGCAGCCAAGAAAAGCCCCGCAAAGAAGGCCGCCAAGCCCAAAGUGAAGAAGGCAGCACCCAAGAAGAAGUGAGCUGCCAUCAGGAGAACUAACGGCCCGACAAAAGGCUCUUUUAAGAGCCACCACAGCCUCCUUAAAGAGCCUCUUCCCGCCUAUUGUUUAGGAUGAUGAUGAUGAUGAUGAUGAUGAUGAUAGGACAUUAGGGUAAUGAGGAUGAAGAGUAAUACAUUCACUGCCUCAUUUAAUAUUAAUAUUAUGUUUUAAGUACCUACAUUUACAGGAAAAAUAAAUAUAUGCACCUCAGAGAACCACCUAUAUUUCACAAACAGCCAGUAUAUAUCUUAACUUAGUCAGUAUAACUGCUUUCUUUAAUAUUUUAUCUUAAAUUAUAGACCUAUAAAGAAAAACAAACAUUUUCUUAUAUCACCUAUAUUUCCUAAACAGCUAAUUCCUAUUUAAUGUUGCCAUGUGGUGUAUUAAUGGGUGUAUUUCCCUGUUUCUACAAGCUCCAAUGUUUCAAACAGUACAAAGUGAAUACGAGCAGCUGCAGCAUCAAUCAGAAUCAGAAAUACUUAAUUGAUCCCAGAGGGAAACUCUUUUGUCAAGUCAGUGCACACAGGAAUAGAAGUACUAAGCAAAAAAUGCAAUACAGGUAAAGUACCUACAUUUAGAGGAAAAAUAAAUCAAUGCACCUUCAGAGCUAAAACAGCUAAUUCCUGUUUAACUUUUUUUAUUUGAUUUGCCAUAUCAACCAUAUAUUUAACUCCUCCCUCUCAGUGUCUGUAUGACCCCAAGUCA